AUGUUGGUGAAGAAGCUUGCAGGGAAAGGAGGGGGACGAGAGCCUGGAUCAGAAGACCCGCGCCCCUUGGGACAGCGUUGUGCCGGCACCAUGGCCUCGUGCGCGGCCCUGGCGACCCUCCUGUCAGUGGUGGCUGUGGUUUCUUGCUUGUAUCUUGGGGUGAAAACCAACGACCUCCAGGCGAGGAUUGCUGCUCUUGAAUCUGCUAAAGGAACCCCUUCCUUUCGUCCGCUGCCUGACACCCUCGAUGAGCUGAAGGCUAUGGUUCAGGAGAAAGUGGAGCGUCUCUUGGCACAGAAAUCCUAUGAACAUAUGGCUAAAAUAAGAAUCGCAAGAGAGGCAUCUUCAGAGUGCAACUGCCCAGCAGGUCCUCCGGGGAAGCGAGGGAAGAGGGGCCGAAGAGGAGAGUCUGGUCCUCCUGGUCAGCCUGGUCCCCAGGGUCCCCCUGGUCCAAAAGGUGAUAAGGGAGAACAAGGUGAUCAGGGGCCUCGGGGCCUGCCAGGCUUCCCCACAGUUGCUGCCCUACACAGCAAUCAGAUCCUCACCGUCAAGGGUGACCAAGGACAGGCAGGGCCUCCAGGACCCCCAGGCCCUCCUGGUCCAAGAGGCCCACCUGGGGACACAGGGAAGGACGGUCCCCGAGGAAUGCCAGGAGUACCCGGUGAACCAGGGAAACCAGGAGAACAAGGCUUGAUGGGACCUCUGGGGCCUCCAGGACAAAAGGGUUCCAUCGGAGCACCUGGGACCCCAGGCAUGAAUGGGCAAAAGGGUGAGCCUGGAUCACCUGGAGCAGCAGGGCAAAGUGGACUCCCGGGACCAAAGGGGGAGCCUGGAAAAGAAGGAGAAAAGGGAGAUGCUGGAGAAAAUGGCCCCAAAGGUGACGCAGGUGAAAAGGGUGACCCUGGAUCAUCUGCUGCAGGAAUUAAGGGAGAACCUGGAGAAUCUGGUCGUCCAGGACAAAAGGGUGAGCCAGGGCUGCCUGGACUGCCUGGACUCCCGGGGAUCAAGGGAGAACCAGGCUUCAUUGGUCCUCAAGGAGAACCCGGCUUACCAGGGUUACCAGGAACAAAAGGUGAACGUGGAGAGGCAGGGCCUCCUGGGAGAGGUGAACGAGGGGAUCCUGGAGCCCCAGGCCCAAAGGGUGAUCAUGGAGACAAAGGAGACUCUGGAGCUCUGGGACCACGGGGUCCACCUGGGCAAAAGGGAGAUCCAGGAGCUACUGAGAUCAUAGACUACAAUGGCAACCUCCACGAGGCCUUACAGGGCCCCCCUGGACCUCCUGGACCUCAAGGACUACAAGGGCCAAAGGGUGAGCAAGGAUCUCCAGGAAUUCCCGGAGUUGAUGGAGAACAGGGACUCAAAGGCUCAAAGGGAGAUAUGGGGGACCCAGGUAUGCCAGGUGAAAAAGGAGGAAUUGGCCUUCCUGGACUCCCGGGUGCCAAUGGAGUGAAAGGAGAGAAAGGAGACUCUGGGUUGCCAGGUCCUCAGGGUCCUUCUAUCAUAGGCCCCCCAGGCCCUCCAGGUCCCCAUGGCCCGCCUGGCCCCAUGGGACCCCAUGGACUUCCUGGACCAAAGGGUGAACCAGGGUUAAAUGGUGUUAAAGGAUUGAAGGGUGAACCAGGCCAAAAGGGUGACAGAGGACCCCUUGGUCUUCCAGGAGCAUCUGGCUUAGACGGGAAGCCAGGAUCCCGGGGUGCAGAUGGUCCUAUAGGACCCCAUGGCCCUGCAGGUCCCAAAGGAGAAAGAGGAGAAAAAGGAGCUGUGGGAGAGCCUGGACCCAGAGGGCCCUAUGGGCUGCCUGGCUUCCCUGGUCCUCGAGGCGAGAAGGGUGACCUGGGAGAAAAGGGAGAAAAGGUGACUUCUCCCAGCAUGCACCUUGUGUGUCUCUGCUAACACUGUCUGCUCUGCUGCUGAACCUGUGCGAUUCCAUCAUACGCCUUUCCUGUCUCUGUCCUGUGUCCCAAAAACAUACAGACGGCUGAUCUAAGGAAUCGGGUCUUCAGAGAGGACUAUUGAAGGCUACACAGCUAGAAAUGAGGGUACCAUCCAGCAUAGGAGGAAGAUUUCAGCCCCUAGAUAUCAAAGCUACAGUCUUUCAACUUCCUGACACCAAUUAUUUAAAAGGUCAUGUCCGGGGGUGGGGAGGAUUGUAAAUUUUUUCACAAAAGUAAAAUCACAUCACACAAA